GAUGUUUCUUCUCAGUGUUUUUAUUCUUCAAUGGGAAAUACGGCAACCCUUCAAUGUACGAAAUGCAACCGUCGGUAGCCCUUCUCGAGUCAAAGAAAAAUUGCGGCACAUUAUUAUUUCAGAAUACCACAGCUGAUAAGAAACAACCUGAUUCUGAGUCAAAGGAUAUCGAAAAAAUCCUUAAUAAGCAGAGAGCAUCGAUCAGCAAUGACAUGAAGGGCUACCAAUAUCCUAAUGAAAACAACAGUAUGAGUGUCAGCAAACUUGAAGAUUUGUUGAUGGAAAAGAAUGGGACACCGAUCAGAAGUAUAAUCGUAACAUCAUGGCGAAGUGGAAGCACGUUUUUGGGCGAUAUUGUUAACGCACAUCCGGCAAAUUAUUACUACUAUGAACCGCUGCUGGCUUUCGAUAUUGUUCGAGUUCGAGGUCCUCCCUUGGCUGCGAAGGCUUUGAAGUGGAUCACGGAUCUGCUCAACUGCGAAUAUCAAGAUCUAGAUGAAUAUUUGAGCUAUGCCGAAGAGACACCAUGGGCUCUCAGUUACAACCGGUAUUUGUGGAAGCAGUGCAAAGCUCAUAAAGACGUCUGCUAUAACCGCAACUUUCACAGCUCAUUGUGCAAGCUCUUUCCAUUUCAGUUGAUGAAAAUCGUACGACUCAGGCUGCAAGUUGCCCAAGAGCUUCUUACCGAUAAAAAGUUAGCCGUACAGAUGGUGCUGUUGGUGAGAGAUCCUCGAGGCAUUCUUCAGUCGAGAAAACAUCGUGAUUGGUGUCCUCCGAGUCCUGAUUGUUCCGAACCAGCUUUGACGUGCGCGGAUCUGGUCUCAGAUUACAAAGUUGCUGUGGAACUGCAGAAGAAAUACCCAAGUAGAUUCAAGGUGAUUCGAUACGAAGAUUUUUCGCUGGAUCCGUACAAACAAGCCGAAGAACUUUACAAGUUUUACGGACUCUUUUUUCAUCCGGAAACGAAAAAAUUUCUCGAUACUCAUACAAAAACCAAUAGGGAUGAAGUAUGGAGUACAUUUCGAGAUUCAAAAACUGCUCCGUUUCAUUGGAGAACAGAGUUAACAUUUGAAGAAGUAGAAGAAAUACAAGAAUCCUGCACCACUGCAAUGAAAUACUGGGGUUACGUUCCGGCAAUGAAUGCUUCUCAUCAAAAGGAAUUCAACCCUGUUACAAACUACGUAUUAAAAUUGUAACGAAUUUUUUUUACUCACCCGCAGAGAUUUUCAAAAAUUUCAACGCCGUCCAAUUUCUAUAAGAUGAGAUUCAAAGAGAUCACGAGUGGAAAUAUAUUUCAAAUAGUGAUGAACGCAUCUUACUUACAACAACUUGUAGUACUGCGUAACGAAGUA